CCUUACUUGAGCUAUUCAACACAUCCCUUCUGUACAGUGGCUUAAAGGUUUUGACCUGUCAGAAUGAAGUUCCUAUUUCAUUCGCUUGCCUUUGCGCUCAUCAUAACCUCCACAUUCUGUGGAGUCAAGGACUUCACUGAGCAUUUUGAAAGCCUUAAAGAUGCACAGCCACAUGAAAAUGGGACCUAUGAUAUGUCAAACUUGCCACCUGAGUUCCACAGAGAAAACACUAUCACUAAUGACUUGAUUCCUGAAGAGGAGGAGGAAGACGACUAUCUCGAUCUCGACAAGAUACUGGGUGAAGAUGACUACAGUGACAUUAUUGAUGCUGGCCCAUACAUGGUUUCCGAAAUUCAGCAAGGAAAUAUUCUUGAACUAUUCCAAGGCAAAACCAGAAUCCAGCGCCUCAAUAUCCUCAGUGCAAACUUUGGCUUCAACCUUUACCGCAGCGUGGCAGACAAAGCCAACCCUUCAGAUAAUAUUCUCAUGGCUCCUGUUGGCAUUUCCACUGCAAUGGCUAUGAUUUCUCUGGGUCUGAAGGGUCAGACUCAUCAAGAAGUGUUAUCUGUUCUUGGCUUUCAAGACUUCAUUAAUGCCAGCACCAAAUAUGAGCUCAUGACUGUUCAUAAUCUCUUCCGCAAACUCACUCAUCGGCUAUUCAGGCGCAAUUUUGGUUAUACACUGAGGUCUGUCAAUGACCUUUAUAUUCAGAAGGACUUUUCCAUUCUGAAUGAUUUCAGAAACAAUACGAAAACAUACUACUUUGCUGAUGCCCAGCCAGCUGAUUUUUCAGAUCCCAACUUCAUAACUAAAACCAAUGAACGUAUCUUGAAGCUGACCAAAGGAUUAAUCAAGGAAGCUCUUGUGAAUGUAAACCCUACAACACUGAUGAUGAUUCUUAACUGUCUUUACUUUAAAGGAACUUGGGAGAAUAAGUUUCCAGUGGAAAUGACAACGAAGAGAAGUUUCCGACUGAAUGAGAAGCAAACAAUAAAGGUUCCUAUGAUGCAGACUAAAGGGAACUUCCUAGCUGCUGCAGACCCCGAGCUAGAUUGCGGUGUGCUCCAGCUCCCGUUCGUGGGGAACAUCAGUAUGCUGAUUGUGCUUCCACACAAACUCUCUGGCAUGAAAGCCUUAGAAAAGCAGAUAACACCUCAAGUGGUGGAAAAAUGGCAGAAGAGCAUGACAAACAGAACAAGAGAAGUGGUUCUGCCUAAAUUUAAGCUGGAGAAGAGUUAUAACUUGAUUGGUUAUCUGAGAUCCAUGGGAAUAGAAGAACUGUUCAACGAAAAAGGCGACUACUCUGGUAUAUCGGAUGAGAAAGUCACCAUUGACAGGUUCAAUCAUCAAGGCACAAUAACUGUGAACGAGGAAGGCACAGAGGCUGCAGCAAUAACCAACGUGGGGUUCAUGCCUCUUUCUACUCAGAUUCGCUUUAUUGUCGACCGCCCCUUUUUGUUUCUGAUCUAUGAACAUCGUACCAGUUGCCUUCUGUUCAUGGGUAGAGUUGUCAACCCAGCCAAACCUUAAAAGCAGAGACAACCUCCAACACACUGUUAUACAUGGGCUGUAUAAUUACACGUUAAUAUACCAGUAUCAUAAAGGAAAUUUUAUUGUCAUAUUAGCUCAUAUUAGCUCAUACAAAAGCCACUGGUAUCAAAAGAAAAUAUAUUAUCUACAGGUAGUUUCACAUGAAUGGACUCAUAGCAGUAGAUAAUUUGACUGCAAUUUAAAAUGGUUAGUGCCAUGUAUUGAUACAAGUGUAUUAAAAAAAAAAAAUCACAAAGUAACUUACUCUUUGUGUUCUACUUCAGUGUAUAAAAUGUAAUCAAUAAAAUAUUUAGACUAUCUGGA